AGCGGGGUGGAACACGCGCGGCACGAGCGCACACCGCAUAUCCCUCGCGCGCGGCACGACACCGACGACGAAGAGAAGAGAGGAGCCGAGCCCAGCCAGAGCCCAUUCCCCCCUCCCCGUCGCGAUUGCAUUGCCCUCCCCCUCCGAUCCCCGCCGCGCCCUGGCCCCCAACCCCCGCGCCGCCGCCGGAGAGGAUCGCGCUCCCCCAUUCCCACACUCUCCCUCGAGGACCGAACCCUCCGCGCGGGCCCGCGAGAUGGGGCGCGUUGAGUAGCGUGCGGAGGAGGCGGCGUGCGGGUGGGAGCCGGCGGCGAGGGUGGGGGGCAAUAUCAUGGUGCAGUGCCUGGACGGGGUGAGGCAGCUGCUCGCGGUCCUGCUCAAGUGCUGCGACGUCGAGCUCAAGCAGCCGCGGGGGCUCGAGGACCCCCAGGUCCUCGCGAGGGAGACCGUCUUCAGCGUGAGCGAGGUCGAGGCGCUGUACGAGCUGUUCAAGAAGAUUAGCAGCGCCGUCAUCGAUGACGGCCUGAUUAACAAGGAGGAGUUUCAGUUGGCAUUGUUCAAGACUAGCAAGAAGGAGAGCCUCUUCGCCGACCGCGUCUUUGACUUGUUUGACACAAAGCACAAUGGAAUUCUAGGAUUUGAAGAAUUUGCCCGUGCUCUCUCAGUAUUUCAUCCUAAUGCCCCCCUUGAUGAGAAAAUUGAUUUUUCAUUCCGACUAUAUGAUCUCAAGCAACAAGGGUACAUUGAGAGACAAGAGGUUAAGCAGAUGGUUGUUGCAACACUUGCUGAGUCAGGAAUGAAUCUUUCUGAUGAAAUUGUAGAGAGCAUAAUUGACAAGACAUUUGAGGAGGCUGACACAAAGCAUGAUGGAAGGAUUGACAAAGAAGAGUGGCGCAAUCUUGUUGUUAGGCAUCCUUCUUUGCUGAAGAACAUGACACUCCAGUACCUUAAGGACAUCACCACUACAUUUCCAAGCUUUGUCUUUCAUUCUCAAGUUGAUGACAACUGAGAUUGUUGGAGUUUCCAAAAUGAACAUCAGAAGCUAUGCUGGAGGGAUUUUGAUAUGGUUUGCAAUGUUGGGUUGUUGUAUUGACAGAGAUUGUAGUGCUAAGGAUGUUGCAUGUGGGAUUCGAGAACUCGAAUCUUUCGUCAACCUUGUUUCGUUCAUUUGGAUGUCUUGAUGCGCUUGGAUAAGAUGUAGCAUCGUCCGAAUUUUCCUUUUUGGUCUUUUGGCUGGCCCGCAAUCGGAUCCGGUUCUCUGGAGCUUCUGUACAGGAUAGAAACAGUGCUUUAAGGAUUUAAGUUGUUCUCAGUUCUAGUUUGCAAUGCAGUACCUGGGGCAGAAAGUUUUUGGGUGAA